AUGCAACCUACCAAUAAUAAAAACAAAAAAGUAUACAAUAGUACAAUUGGUACCAGUACGGACGACGGCCAUCAUCAUCAUCGCCUUGACAGCAACGACCACGAUGGCUAUUACGAAAACGAUGCACUGCCAUCACCAGACGAUAUUGAAAGAAGUCGAGAACCAUCUGUUUCAAAUGAAUACGAUGGUCAGCCGAGUUAUUUUGAACAUCCAUUUCAUCGAGAUACGGCAAAACAUGCGCAGCAGGCUGAAGAACAGAGACCAUCCAACAGACGAGUCGCUCAAAUGCAUUGGGGUAAAACUUUGGACAAGAUUCGUCUUAUUUCCAACAUCCAUAGCUUACCGACCCAUGCGCACGAGCCUGAUAUGGCGCCCACGAACUCAUUAGCGCCGUAUUUCCAGCCUGCAUUUGAAGCACCAUUCAUUGCGCUGUCAACUGACGAGGAUGGUCGGAAAUUGAUUGAAGUGACUGAUUCCGAGUUAGUCAAUAUCUACGGUAUCAAUCAAUAUGUUUUUCGUAUUGAACUUCAAUAUGGCGACGUCAAAUGGGUGAUCCGUAAAACCAUGGCCGACUUUACUAUUUUACAUUUGAAUCUCAAGCUAAAGUCGGCGAUUGAACCUCCCAAUUUCCCUAAUCAGCUCCAAAACCUCAUCCAAUCGGCCAAGGAAACCAUGGGCAUUGAUGACGACGAACGCGAUACCGAAAAGGAACGCAAAUCCGCAUUGGCGCGUCGUAAAGCGCUCACCAAAUACCUCACUGAAUUAUUACAGCGCGCUCACAUCUUCGUCAGCUAUAAUCUUUGCGAGUUCCUCGAGAUCUCCGCUAUCAGUAUCGUCCAGGAUAUGGGAUGGAAGGGCAAAGAAGGCUAUUUGGAGAAUCGUGUCAAUUUCGUCGAUACGCGUAUAUGUCAUCUUUUUAAACGGUCAAGUUGGACAAAAGAAUGGGUGAUUCUUCGUGAUUCAUAUGUGGCGUUUUGUGAAGAUAUUGAUUCACAAGCUCCGACGGAUGUUCUCAUGCUGGACAAAAGCUUUUCUGUAUCUGAUCGAACACCUGGCAUUUUUGGCAAAUACCAUAAUCACAUCACAUUAGAAAACAGGUUUCGUCGGAUAACGAUCAAGGGCAAUAGACGCCAGGUGGACGAGUGGAUGGAAAGCAUCAAAAAGGUUCAACAAGAGAGUCCGUGGGUCAAAAAUCAUCGCUUUGGUUCAUUCGCACCUGUCCGUCAUCAUGCCAAGGUCAAAUACUUUGUGGACGGUGAAGACCACUUUAACGCUGUUGCCGAAGCAAUUCUCUCAGCAAAAUCAGAAAUUUAUAUCGCCGAUUGGUGGCUUUCUCCGGAACUGUAUCUGCGUCGCCCUCCAGCAACCAAUGAGGAGUUCAGAAUCGAUCGAUUACUGAAACGCAAGGCCGAGGAGGGAGUGAUGGUGUACAUUAUCGUGUAUAAAGAAGUAGAGGCAGCAUUGACGAUUGACUCUGCACAUACCAAGAAACAUUUACAAAAGCAACAUGGCAACAUUAUCGUACAAAGACACCCGGACCAUCGAUCUAUCGACAACAAUGUCCUCUUCUGGUCACAUCACGAGAAAAUGGUGGUCGUCGAUAAUAGAUUGGCGUUUAUUGGUGGUCUUGAUUUAUGUUAUGGCCGUUGGGAUAGCCAUGGACACAAAUUGGCCGAUUUGAAGGGAGACUUCCACAAGUUCGAGAUGGUUCCUGGACAGGACUACAGCAAUCCACGUGUCAAAGACUUUUUAAAUGUCGCACAACAUGAACUAACAUUAGUCGACCGCUCUAUUUCACCGAGAAUGGCUUGGCAUGAUGUGUCCAUUGGUGUGGUGGGGCCCAUUGCACGAGACAUUGCACGUCAUUUCAUCCAACGAUGGAACUUUUUGAAAGCUUCCAAGGGCAUGCAUCGUCCGACGGUACCCUUCUUAAUGCCCAAAGGGGAAUACGUUGCUGCAAGAGACGAAACCAAAUUCAAAGGCACGUGCCGUGUUCAGCUCUUGAGAAGCUCGGCUCAAUGGAGCUCUGGUAUCGAACGUGAACAUUCAAUCUACAAUGCAUAUAUGGAAUGUAUCAGCAAAGCCAAACAUUAUGUCUAUAUUGAAAACCAGUUCUUUAUCAGCGCGACGACUCAAGACAAACUUUUACGAAACAAGAUUGCUCAGGCUAUGGUCGAGCGUAUCAAACGAGCCCAUGCAAAGAAAGAAAAAUUCAAGAUUUUUAUCCUCAUUCCUCUAAUUCCGGCAUUUGAAGGCGAUCUAGCAUCCAGUGAAGCUUAUUCUGCAAGAUCCGUCAUGCAUUUCGAAUAUAUCUCUAUUUCAAGAGGUGGCAACUCCAUCAUUGAAAAACUUCAAGAGGCCGGCAUCAAUCCUUCGGACUAUAUCGGCUGGUACAGUCUGCGUAACUGGGACAAGAUUAUUCCAAAUGGGGCAAAGAAGCAACAUCACCAGCAACAACCGGAUACCUUGACCAGCAAGUCACCAAGCAAUCAUAGCAAUGGUGCCGGAAGUCCUCCGGUUUCUAGGGGCAGCAACGGCAGCGGCGGUAGUAGCAGCAGCAAUAAUAAUGCCAACAUUAAUAAUGAAAAUGGUUCAACGCCGCCAAGUACCGAAGGAACAACGUUUGAGGAUGAAACAGAUUACUUUGUUAGUGAACUUAUUUAUAUCCAUGACAAACUACUGAUUGUCGAUGACAGACUGGUGGUAAUCGGUUCAGAGAUGAUCCCAUCGUACAUGGAUGGCAAAGAGUACAAAGCCGCCAAGUUUGCACAUUCAUUACGCAUGCAAUUAUGGAAAGAACAUCUUGGUCUCCUUGACUUCUCCGACUGG